CACAACAAAAUUCCAGGAUGGCCGAAACAGAUAAUCACAUUAAUAUCCGCCAUGGUCUCACAGUAGAUAAGGACUGAUGGUUCAUAUAAUUAAUUGUCAUCAGCCUUUUAUUUAUUAAAGAUGGGGAUCCCUCACCUGAUCACCCAUCUUCGUCCCUACUCAGAAAACACAAAUUUCAACGGCCAAAAUGUAAUAAUUGAUGGCCCUGGGUUCGCAUAUCACAUAUUUCACACCUGCUUGGCAGAAGAGCCGGAAGCUCGCAAUCCGUUUGAGGCCUUUCCGUCGUACAAGAAGAUUGGCGAUGCGGCUAUCCGCUGGCUAGAAGAGCUAGAAGGCUUUGGCGUUGAAGUGAAGAAAAUAUACUUUGAUGGAUUUUUGCCUGCCUCCAAAAAAAAGACGAGGUCAUCACGACUCAUGAAUUACACAAAGCAACUGGCUUUGUAUCACGAGGCAUGGCCGCAGGUGAUCCCGAGUGGAAAUGCCCAGCAGAAGCCGAAAGGCAGAAGAUCAAGCAUGUUUGAUCAUAAGUCGUCUGCAGCUGUCUCUGGGCAUGUUCCUGCUAUUCCAUUUCUUGUCCCCGCCAUUCUUGAGAAGCUUCUGGCUUCUCAGCGCUUCCAGGGCAUCACCUCUGUCUCUCCAGGCGAGGCAGAUUUGUACUGCGCAAGGUAUGUGAAAGAUCACGGCGGAACGGUGCUCACAGGCGACUCUGAUCUCCUAGUCCAUGACCUUGGUGCCCUGGGCUCGGUAUCAUUCUUUAAAGACCUUGAAGUUUCCGAACAGUUCAACAUCAAGACGAUUAGGUGCUUCCAGUAUACACCAGCUUUAAUUGUGGAAAGGCUUGACUUAAACCGGUCAUAUGGGCUAAAAUCCUUUGCUUUCGAGAUGGUUAUGGACCCACAUGCAAGUUUACCAAAGCUGAAGCAGAAAUCUAAGGACAUUAAAGCGGUCACGGAUUAUCCAGGCAUGUACACAGACUUCGUAAAGGAGUAUGAGGCCUUGUCCAAGGAAGUUCAUACCACGGAACUCCCAGAAGCUGAUUCUGCAAAAUCCCUUCGAGCUGUGCUCAGGACACUCGAUCCCAGGAUAUCAGAAUACGUUCUUCAAUUUCCUCGGGCGGCUGAGGCGGCUGAGCGUCCGUUUCCUUCUUCAGUUCAGCCAGCUGAAAAUGGGAACAGUGUGGAUAUGUUCCUCCCAUUUCUGCUAGAUUGUCCUUCCAAAACAAGUGCCUGGGAGAUGAGCACGGCAGUUCGGCAAUUAGCUUAUGGUGUGAUGAAUUUAACAGAGCCAAAGGAGAACCAUGUUGUGGCCGUCGUGGAACAUCGACGCCAACAAAAAGGCUCUCGGGGGAGGGAAUGGCAGCUUCCCACUUAUGGUGAGAUAGAAGAAGCAUCCGCAGGAUUAGUUGAGCUAGCGGAAAGUAUUGGUAAGAAAAUGCCUGGUCUCUCGGACUUUGGCCUAUGGAGAGCUAUUGCCCUCCAUCAAGAUUUGGUCUUCUCUUCUUCGGCUGGGAAACAGUCACUGGGGAGCUUGAUAAUUGAGUCGGGGGUGGGGUCGAGAAGGUUAUCGUGGGAUACGAUACACUUUUCCGCUCAAUUGCAAGGCUCCUUCUACUCUUUUCGAAUGCUCAAGCAGAUACUGGGGGUUGCCUUGGUCUCGCAAAACUCGGAGAACAUAUCCGAGGCCUUGAAGAGUUUAUCUAAAUUGCUCGAGUCGUUACCAGAUUUGCAAGCAACGCCAGACGUUCACGCAGACCUGGAACCCUUCAAAUCCUCCGCGGAUCGCAAAGCGCUUUUAGCAGUCAAGACGCUGCUGAACAUAGGAGGACAGGAUAUAACGGACAAUCACAAUCCCAAGUCUACAAAAAAAGAUAAGAAGAAUAAACGGAAGCGGGCGCAGGGGUCAAGCGCGUCGGUGGAGGUCACAAAACGGCCAAAUAAUAUGUUCGACUUGCUAGGCUCGACAUGAAUAACGAGCACCACGUAGAAAAUAUCAGCCGCUUAGAGACGACACAAACUCCCGUUGAAUACGCUCCGUCAAAUACCCCGGGACGGAUGCUCAUUACCGAAUACACUCCCCUAGAUUCUCUUCAACUGAUAUCCUGAUUCCAGUCACCACAUCAUAUUCGCCGCAUCCUGCUCACCACAUCCUCUUCGCCACAUCUUGUUCACCAGAUCGCCUUCACCACAUUGCCUUCCCAGAUUGCCCUCACCCCAACAUCACAAGGCUGAAGCUGCUUCAUCUUGCUCCUAGCUACAAUCACAAUCGACACGUAUUCGCUCUUUUCCUCUCUGAUCUCUGAGAGGAGUUCUGUCUAGCGAUGUCUUCUCUAUUUCCAAGCCUUCCUUUCGAGAUCCGCCACGAAAUUUGGCGUCACUGUGUCCCAGCACCACGCGUUGUCGAGACACGUUAUGAUAAGGCCACUGGCAGAAUUCUCCCAGGCUCUAUGCCUCCAGUUCUGCUCCAUGUGUGCCAAGAGUCUCGCAAGUUUAUUCUCUCCACCGAAACAGGAUUCAGCAUGCAAUUUGGCACGCCAGCAUACCCCGCCGCUGUUUGCUGAAUGUUAAGACCGACGCUGUUCAGAUUGACUAUUCCGCUCUCGAGAACAACAACAUCGAAGCUGCCGAGUUAGAAACCAUUAUUCACCUUGAAAUCUAUGGUGCUACUCUUGCUAAUAAACUUCCUUCUGAUGUUAUCCGCCAACUUGUGAGAUUUCAACAUCUUGAUACAGUAUCACUAGUCACGCGUUGCGCACCACUCCAGAAGCCUACAGGCCUAAAGAUUUUUCUUGCCUACUUUACUUGCUAAUGGAGAACCUCCGUACUUGUUUGACUUCUCAGGACUGCGAUACUUUCAAAGGGCUACUUAUAAACUUCGUUUAUAUGAGGCAUGAUGGCUCACGCAACGCUGAAGAAGUAGAGUUUAACCCAGAUUGGAGUUUGGCUGUCGACAGUGUCUACUCUCAUGAUGAUUUUGCGAGUCGACUAUGACGCGCCGUAUGGAGGAGUUGAGACGCAACAGGGAGACCCAGGCUGCAUAAGUCUGGGUAUAAUUUCCAUUCCGAACUUCUCAGUUGAGAAAGGGGGUUUCUAUUGUAAUCUGCUCUGCUUGGUUGGGAAAUGGGGUGGUACUAUAUGGCUGGGUAUAGUUCGUUUUCUAAACUGCUCAGUUGAGAAUGGGGGUGACACAAAGUGCCCCAGUUGUUUCUGUUCUAACCUUCUCGGUGCAAAGCAAAGCAAAGCAAGAAUGAAGUCGCAUGUAUCGUCCACUGGCCCGAUCUCCUGGUGCCAUGGGUCUCUCAGAGGCACCAAGUCGAUCUCACUACCCGAGUCACAAGAAGAGUAAUAUAGUAGCUCAACCUCGCGUUUCUUGUUGUUAUGCUCGAUAGUUCACUGUGCUUAGUGUAUGCAGAAGUGUAAUUAAAAUCCGUUAAUAAUCCCUUGAUAACUCCC